CCUCCCAAACAUAUCCCUAAACCAAACAAAUUUCGCUGCACCACGCUCCCAAGUCCCAACCCAAUUAUCCAUACGCGAAAUCUCUCUGCACGAGAAUUUUGAUUUCUUACGCUAUGGCUGGUGUAUUGGAAACCCUAACUGUCCCGCGCGCCUCCGCUCUCCAGUCCGCCUCAUUGGCUCCGGUAACCAGAGGUUCCUUUUCUCGCCGAAGCUCCAUCAAAUUACCCGAGUUUAGAGGCCUGAAGAUCCAUCUGGCUCGAUCAUCCGCAUCGCUGAGUUUACGUUCAAAACUACCAUGCCGUGGUAGUCGAAUCGUCUGCGAGGCACAAAAGACAGCUGAUGAAGUGCCCGGUAUUAAGGAUUCAGCGUGGAAGUCCCUUGUACUCGAGUCCGAUUUACCUGUUUUAGUUGAAUUUUGGGCACCAUGGUGUGGGCCUUGCCGCAUGAUCCACCCGGUCAUUGAUAAACUGGCUAAGCAAUAUGCUGGAAAGCUUAAAUGCUACAAGGUUAACACAGAUGAGAGCCCUACAAUUGCUAGCGAUUAUGGAAUCCGAAGCAUUCCAACUGUUUUAAUUUUCAAGAAUGGGGAGAAGAAAGAUGCAGUUAUUGGAGCAGUUCCGGAAUCCACAUUGACAACCUCCAUAGAAAAAUUUGUGUAGAUUGGUAAGUACAAUAAUGUCUUUCCUGGGAGUUAAGCUGUCUCUUUUGUUGUUUUAAUUUAUCUCAUGACAUGGCAAGAAUGGCUAUAUGACAACAUGAUAUGCUCCUGUAUAGUUGAUGUUUCUGUAUUUCACGUUUUCUUCAACAUAACGUUAGUUCUUAAAUUAAUGUACCUAUUAAUAUUGUCUUCGUAUAUUUUUCCUCUACUGGGUUUUAUUGUA